AUGAGUGCCGACCUGAAGGCCUUAUUAGAGGCCCAGAACGACAUCCACGGACGAAUGUCUCGUUCCGUGGAUAACCUCCGGAAGAUGGGCGUCACCAACAUCACCGCCGGUGCCGUCCACGCUCGUCUCACCAUCCUCGACAACCUCUGGGCAAAAUUCGAGGCUCAACACGAGCUCAUACGAGCGGCGCUAAAAGACAGAUACAUGGAGACGGAGCACGCUGACAGGUUACGGGCCGAGUCAGCUGUCGCACCAAGGAUGGAAUCGAAGUCGGACUCUUCUCCUAAAACCGCGUUGCCGCGCAUAAAAUUGCCGCCGUUCUCAGGCGCCUAUGAAGACUGGCCUUCCUUCCGGGACCUCUUUUUAUCCCUCGUGGGAGAAAAUCCAUCGGUCUCGAACAUUGAGCGGUUCCAUUACCUUCGUUCCUGCGUGAAGGGAUCUGCGGAGAAAUUAAUUCGGUCACUAACGGUCACAAGCGAGAAUUACGACCGCGCGUGGGCGAUCUUGGCGAAACAUUUCGAGAAUAAAAAGGAGCUCAUGCGCUCAAAUUUCGCUACCUUUACCGCCGUCGGGAAAAUGAAAUCCGAGUCCGCCGAAGAGCUAAGCCGGGUCCAUCACGCCGUCACGGCCACCGUCAACGCGCAGGAGAGCAUCGGUAGACCCAUCAACUCCCAUGGAAUGGAUCUCCUCAAUCACUUGGUAAUCGAACUGUUCGAUUCGCGAACGCGCCUCGAGUGGGAGUCCUCCACCAGCGAUUCUCCCGACCCACCGAGUCACGAGGCACUCACUGACUUCAUAAGUAAAAGAAUUCUUACCUUGAACGCCGCCAAGCCCAAGAUCGCCGUGAAGAGUGCCGGGGAAGCCUCUCGGACCGCGAAGACUCACUUCGCGAAAAACGUGCCCGACGCGUCCAAAUGCGCCGCCUGCAAGGGCAAGCACACGCUCAUGCAAUGCCCCGAGUUCAAAUCCAAGUCCGCGAGCGAAAGGAAGUCCUUCGUUGAGGUCAGCGGACUCUGCUUCAAUUGUCUCGGGAACCACAUGAUGGCACGGUGUCAGUCAAUUAAAACGUGCUUCACGUGCAAGUUGCGGCACCACACGCUGUUGCACGACGCGUACGCCGCACCAACACCACAAGAAGCGAGCACUUUCUCCACGACACGCACUUCACUUGACAAACGGGCGACUCUUCUCGCCACAGCGCGCGUCACUCUGACCGACCGUCUGGGACGACCUCAGGAUGUGCGAGCCCUGCUCGACCAGGGGUCCGAAGUGUCCCUCGUCUCAGAGGACUUGGCGCAGCGCCUCCGUUUGACGCGCACCCGCUCCUCGAUCUCCAUAGUUGGAAUCGGAGGAGCAUGUUCAGGAUCCACACGAGGAAGGGUGACGCUCGCUCUCAAGUCAAGAGUGACCGGAGCCCCUCUCACCGUAGCGGCCUACGUCCUCCCACGGCUGUCGUCCUACCAGGGGCCAGCAAUCAAGGGCUCCACCACGUGGCCGCACAUCCACGGCCUCACUUUGGCGGAUCCUCAUUAUCUCCAGCGAGAUCCCAUCCACCUUCUCCUCGGCGCUGAUGCCUUCUCCGGGAUCCUCCUCGGAGGUCUCCGAAAGGGUCGCAAGGACCAACCCAUCGCGCAGAGGACUACGUUCGGGUGGAUCUUAUCGGGAGGCUGCGGAGUCGUGACGGCCAACGGCUCCCUCAGCUCUCUCCAGUGCACCGUAGACCACGACCUGAACGCCCUAGUGCAGAGGUUCUGGGAGCAGGAACAGGAGCAGCCUGCCUCCGUCGUGCUCACGCCAGAGGAAGAGCAAUGCGAAGAGAUCUUCGCCCGCACGCAUGAGCGCCUCGCCGAUGGAAGGUACUUGGUCCGUCUUCCGCUGGCUGGCCCUCUUCCACCUCUCGAACACACGCGGAAGUCCGCCGAGCGACUUCUCGCGGCAAUGGAGCGACGCCGCUCCAGAGACGCCGGCUUCAACAAGCUCUAUGGCAGCUUCAUGGAGGAAUACUCGGACCUGCAACAUAUGACCCUGGUCAGAACACCGCUCAUCAAGAAAUCCGCGUGUUACUUACCACACCACGGAGUGCUCCGGACUUCCAGCACGACCACCAAGUUGAGAGUGGUCUUCAACGGAUCUCAGUGUACGCCUGCCGGAGACUCACUCAACAACGCAUUGCUGGUCGGAGCCAAUCUUCUGCCAACUCUCGCCGACGUCCUCCUGCGUUGGCGCUGGCACCGCUUCGCCUUCAUCGCCGACAUCGAGAAGAUGUACCGGCAGAUUCUGGUGCAUCCCGACGAUCGAGACCUGCAGCGGAUCCUUUGGAGGCAAAACCGCACCGACGACGUCCAGGAAUAUCGCCUCAACACGGUGACGUACGGACUGGCCUGUGCACCGUUCCUGGCGAUCAGGACUCUCCGCCAAUUAGCCGACGAUGAGGAGCCGGCAAAUCCAGCGGGAGCAGUUGCGUUGAGGCGCGACUGCUAUGUCGACGAUAUCGUCACAGGCGCCAGCACCCUGUCCGAGGCGGUCGAGAAGCAAAGGCAGUUGCGCCGACUCUGCACGGCGGGCGGGUUUCUCUUGAGGAAGUGGGCCUCAAACCACCAGAGGAUCCUCGAGGAGAUACCACGGGAGCAUCAGCUCCAGCAGCCACACCACGACUGGGAGGACGAAGCGCACCCGACGCUUGGGUUACGGUGGCACCCCCGCAGCGACUCCUUCACAUUCCGCCUCCAGCCUCGCACGACCGCCCCGCUGACUAAGAGACAGGCGUUGUCGGAGACUGCUCAGAUAUUCGAUCCGUUGGGCUGGUUAGCUCCAGUCACCGCUCGGGCCAAAAUCCUCAUCCAGUCAGCCUGGAUGAAACAGCUGGACUGGGAUGCCCCACUGCCUCAAUCAGACGAGACGUUGUGGAGACGUCUGCUUGAGGAUCUUCCGCUGCUGGAACAGCUCCGGUUGCACCGAUGGCUGAGGGCCGAUGACCAACCUAAACGCGUUGAGCUCCACGGGUUCGCUGAUGCGUCGGAACGAGGUUACGCCGCCGUUGUAUACCUCCGCGUGGUGAGCUCCCCCUCGACCACGAUCAAGCUGCUCGCUGCAAAAAGCAAAGUCGCACCAAUUAAGCCUGUGUCUCUGCCGCGCUUGGAACUGUGCGCUGCAGUCUUAGUCACUAACCUGACAUUUCAUCUUCGCGAAGCCUUAGACUUGCUUUCAGCUCCAGUCACUCUAUGGUCGGACUCCCGGGUCACUCUUCAGUGGAUACAAGGACACGCCUCGAGGUGGAAGACCUUCGUAGCCAACCGGGUGUCCCACAUCCAGACGAAACUUCCGGAGACACGAUGGCGACACAUCCCAGGGCGAGACAACCCCGCCGACUGCGCCUCUCGGGGGAUUGAGCCCCGGGACCUGCUCAACCACUCCCUCUGGUGGACGGGACCUCCAUGGCUCGACAAGGAUCCAGCGUCCUGGCCACAGCACGACCACGCCGCACACGAAGUCGAGGUGCCGGAGACGAGAGCAAUCGCCUCCCACUUGACGACCGCGGAGAAAGCCGAGCCAGAGAUGCUUCUCCGGUUCUCCGAGCUCCAUCGCCUCCUGAGGGUCACCGCCUGGUGUUGCCGAUGGCGAGGCGCCACCUCAAGGCCGAAGGCUCACCCCAAUCUCACGCCUGACGAGCUGGAAGAAGCCUUGCUCCUCUGGCUCCGCAUGGUGCAAACUCUCCACUUCUCCAAGGAGAUCGCAGCCCUGAAACAAAAUAAGGAGUUAGUCAGGGGUCCACUAUCGAAAUUAACCCCCUUCCUCGACGAUCAUGGGAUCAUUCGAGUCGGGGGCCGACUGAAGCACGCUGUGCUCUCAGGAGACGAACGCCAUCCGAUGAUCUUACCUCCAGAGUCGUGGAUGACGCAACUCCUCGUCAAGGCACACCACAGACGAACGCUUCACGGCGGGGUUCAGCUCACCCUGGGACUGCUACGCCUGCGGUACUGGAUUCCCCGAGGACGCUCCAUCGUUAAAGGAAUCAUCCACCGAUGCGUCACGUGUGUGAGAUGGAAGGCCGCAGUACCUCAGCCCAUGAUGAGCAGCCUCCCGACAGCACGAGUCACGCCGGCACGUCCAUUCCUGCGAACCGGGGUUGACUAUGCCGGACCGAUUCUCAUCCGGACCGGAAAAGGAAGAGGUCACAAGGCGCACAAAGCGUUCAUCGCCGUCUUCAUCUGCUUCACCACCAAGGCGGUUCACUUGGAAGCCGCUUCAGACUACUCCACGGAUGCGUUCCUUGCGGCAUUCCGGCGCUUCACUUCCCGUCGGGGCUUGUGCAAGGAAGUCUACUCCGACUGCGGCACCAACUUCGUCGGAGCGGACCGAGAGCUGCGACGCCUGUUCCAGGCAUCAUCAUCCGACGGCCGUCGCAUCGCCCACGUUGCAGCGUCCGACGGGAUCCGCUGGAGGUUCAAUCCACCGGCAGCACCUCACUUCGGCGGGCUUUGGGAGGCGGCGGUGAAAUCUACGAAACACCAUCUCCGGAGGGUCCUCGGAGACACGACUCUCACCUUCGAGGAGAUGUCGACGCUCCUCGCUCAAGUGGAGGCGUGCCUCAACUCGCGUCCUCUCCAGGCGCUCUCGGACGAUCACGACGACGUGACAGCACUGACACCAGGGCAUUUCCUGAUCGGGGCCCCUCUGCUGGCAGUGCCUGAGCCCUCGCUGGCGGACGGCAGCCUCAGUCUUCUGCCCCGCUGGAAGCUCCUCCAGCGGAUGCGCGACCACUUUUGGGAGAGGUGGUCGCGGGAGUAUAUCAACUCCUUAGCAUCUCGACCGAAAUGGCUGAAGGACUCAGCCAGUCCGGCCGUCGGCACCCUGUGCCUCGUACGGUCGGACACAACACCGCCGACCCGAUGGCCACUCGCCCGGAUCACCCGGCUGCAUCCUGGGGACGACGGCGUGACACGCGUGGUCACUAUACGCACCGCAUCCUCGGAGCUUGUCCGGCCUCUCACCAAGAUAGUCCUCCUGCCUGGAGCCGACACCGCAGCAGCAACGCACCCGGAUUUGUGA